UUUGAUCCUGACAACACCGGCUACAUCAGCACUGAGAAGUUUCGCUCCCUUCUCCAGAGACACGGCUCGGAGCUGGAUCCCCACAAGCUGGAGGUCCUCCUGGCCCUGGCGGACAGCAACUCUGAGGGGAGGAUCUGCUACCAGGACUUUGUCAACCUGAUGAGCAACAAAAGGUCAAAUAGUUUCCGCCAAGCCAUCCUUCAGGGGAACAGGAGGCUGUGCAGCAAGGCGCUGCUGGAGGAAACAGGGCUGAGCCUUUCGCAGAGGCUGAUCCGGCAUGUUGCAUACGAGACCCUGCCACGAGAGAUAGACCGCAAGUGGUACUACGACAGCUAUACCUGCUGCCCUCCACCCUGGUUCAUGAUUACCAUCACUAUUGUAGAGGUUGCCUUUUUUCUUUACAAUGGAGUGGCGUUAGACAGAUUUGUGCUGCAAGUUACCCAUCCCUUAUACCUGAAGAAUGCAUUACUUUAUCAUCCUCAGCUCCGUGCUCAGGCUUGGAGGUACCUAACCUACAUAUUCAUGCAUGCAGGGAUAGAACACCUUGGACUCAAUGUUGUCCUUCAGCUCUUGGUUGGGGUUCCCCUGGAAAUGGUGCAUGGAGCUGCGAGGAUCAGUUUUGUGUACGUUGCUGGAGUUGUGGCAGGGUCCCUGGCAGUGUCAGUAGCUGAUAUGACUGCGCCUGUGGUUGGCUCCUCUGGAGGCGUGUAUGCUCUUGUCUCAGCUCACUUGGCCAAUAUAGUCAUGAACUGGUCAGGAAUGAAGUGCCAAUUCAAACUGCUGCGCAUGGCUGUUGCCUUGAUCUGUAUGAGCUUUGAAUUUGGAAGAGCCGUGUGGCUGCGAUUCCACCCCUCCGUUUACCCACCAUGCCCACACCCCAGCUUCAUGGCUCACCUGGGAGGGGUGAUGGUUGGAAUCACCCUUGGUGUCAUCAUCCUGAGGAACUAUGAGCAGAGACUCCAAGAUCAGACUUUAUGGUGGAUCUUCCUUUCUAUUUAUGUCAUUUUUGUCUUGUUUGCCAUCUUCUGGAACAUUUUUGCCUACAGCCUGUUGGAUCUAAAGCUACCUCCCCCCCCUUGA